UAUUACAAAGUGCGCAUGCGUGCUGGCUCAGUACUGCAGAGGCGUCCCGCAGCUGUCAGGAGCGCAGGAAUCUCUUGAAGUAAUGUCUCCGGAACGAUGAAAGACUCCGUGUAAACCCGUCGAGGACACGCCAAGUUACGUUACUGUGUCCGCUUGUCGCCAUGGCCUCUUUAACCGUCAGCUCGGCGGCUCGGAGCAUCGAGAAGCAUCGGAAGUCCUUCUCGCUGCUGUUCUACCGGGCCGUGCGGGACCUGAAGCCGGUCUGGAUGCUGGAGGACAUGCGGACGAUGGAGACUUUUUACCAGGAGGAGGACGUCGGCCAGAGGAUUUACAGCCCGUCGGAGGCGUUGCUCUACGCUAUAGUUCACGACCACCAAGCGUACGCCCAGUACCUGCUCAGUCGGUACACCGACGAAGCGCUAGCGAAGCCCGGGGAGCGCUUCUGCUGCUGCCCGUCCUCCGCCCCGCACCUGGCAAUGGCUGUCCGCUACGACCGGCGCUACAUUCUCGGCCUCAUCCUGCAGGAGACAAGAGCUGCACGAUGCGACUUGCAGGAGACUCACCGGACCCCCAGCACACCCCAUUACACAGACCGAGGUGGCUGUUUUCACAUGGAGGAUGGCAGAACCCCUUUACACCUGGCCUGCGAACUCCUGCGGCCCGAGGCGCUCGUCAUGCUGCUAGGGAAUGGAGCGUCCCCGCACACUGUGGACCACAACGGCUUGACUCCUCUGGACGUCAUUCUGGAGAAGCUGCGGGACUCCAAGGAGGUGGCCAGCGGGGAGAGGAGGCAGUGUCUGGACAACCUGCUCAUGUUCAUGCCACAGGUUGACUUUAAAAUGAGGGCGGCUCUGGACAGAGAGCCUGAGCACUGGAGCUUGGUGCUGGGUGAGGAGACGUUCAAGUACCUGGCAGGGAGGAGCCCGGCACCGCUGCUUCUCACCGCUAUGCAGACUAUUCUGAAGCAGCUGAGCCCCGCCAGCUUCCCGGACAGCCUGCACGAGCUGCCCAUCCCAUCCUCCCUCAAGCCGCCGGGGCUGCCUGUAAGCCAGCGGGACAGGCAGAGGGCGGUGUAGCAUCAGUGCAGUGUGACAUGAUGCAUGCUCCACUGUGUUCUGUUAAUGCAUGGUGUAUGGUGUGUGUAUAUGUGUGUCUAUAUGUGUGUGUGUGGUGGUAACUUCAUUAAAGGGCUGCACAAAUAAACACUAACAGUCAGGGAAGAAAUGAAUCUUAUCUGAAGACUUUUAUAAGCCGCUGAUUUCAUUAACUGGGAGCCGUUCACGAGAGGUGUUAGAGGUAGUAGCAGCAGUGGCGGAAUAGGGAAUAAGCAGCCAUAAUCUUUGAUUUUUUACAUUAAUUCAGGCUUUAAUAAUCAGUUUUUGUCUAACGUCAUUCUAAAGUGUUACUUACUAAUACUACUGUUAUUUAAGUCACUGUGAUGCUGGUGGAGGAGACCAACACUGGUACAUGAGCUGUGUUACUGGUGAUUUUAAUUUAUCUAGCUUGUAUUAACAGUGAUGUUGAAAGAAAGUGAUCUCAGAUCAAUUGAAAAUAGUUGUGACUUGAUUAUUUUUAAAUAAAUAAGGAUCCAAGUCAUGUUAAAA